CCCAUCUCUGCAUUAAAACAAUGUCCUCCAGGGAAAGAUUUUCAAAGGACAUUUGAUCUCACAAGCUUUGGAAUUCUUUUGAGGGACCUAACCCGGAAGCACCCUGAUUCUGAGCCUAUGUUCCUUGGAAUCGCCAGGAGAUGAGCACCACUCUUAAUUAUAAGUCUUUUUCUAAAGAGCAGCAAACUAUGGAUAACUUGGAAAAACAGCUUAUUUGUCCCAUAUGUUUAGAAAUGUUUACUAAGCCAGUGGUUAUCCUUCCGUGUCAGCACAACCUCUGUAGAAAAUGUGCCAGCGAUAUCUUCCAGGCCUCAAAUCCAUAUCUUCCAACCAGAGGAGGUACCACUGUGGCUUCAGGAGGUCGAUUCCGCUGCCCCUCCUGUAGACAUGAAGUAGUUCUGGACAGGCAUGGAGUGUACGGCCUUCAAAGAAACCUGUUGGUGGAAAAUAUAAUUGAUAUAUAUAAACAGGAAUCUUCCAGGCCUGAAAGAAAGACUGAGCAGCCAAUGUGUGAAGAACAUGAAGAUGAGAAAAUUAAUAUUUAUUGCCUGAAUUGUGAAGUGCCCACAUGUUCUAUGUGCAAAGUUUUUGGUGCUCAUAAAGACUGCCAAGUUGCUCCCCUCACGAAUGUUUACCAAAGGCAGAAGUCUGAACUUAGUGAUGGGAUCGCUGUGCUGGUGGGAAGCAAUGACAGAGUACAAGGAAUUGUAACUCAGCUGGAGGAAACCUGCAGAACAGUUGAAGAAUGCUGCAAAAGGCAGAAGGAACAACUAUGUGAAAAAUUUGAUUAUUUAUACUCAAUAUUGGAAGAAAGAAAAAGUGAGAUGACACAAAUAAUCACUCGGAGCCAAGAGGAGAAAUUGGAACAUGUCCGGUCUCUGAUAAAAAAGUAUGCAGACCACUUAGAGACAGUGUCAAAACUGGUGGAAUCAGGUAUCCAGUUUAUGGAAGAGCCAGAAAUGGCUGUAUUUUUACAGAAUGCUAAAGCAUUGCUACAAAAAAUUACUGAAGCUUCUAAAGCAUUUCAGAGGGAAAAAAUAGAGAAAGGCUAUGAAAAUAUGAGCCACUUCAGAGUCAACCUUAAUAGAGAAGAAAAGAUAAUAAAAGAAAUUUACUUUUACAGAGAAGAGGAGGAAGAGGAGGAGGAAGAUGCCACAGAAGGGAAAGAACAGGAUGAAGUCCGCACUGAAUCAUCAGGUGAAGAAGAUGAAAUAUCUGAACAAGCAUCAUCUCAGCAACUUCAGCAGGGUAUUGUGUUGAAAGACACACUAGCAGUAUCUCAGACUAAACCAGUACCAUCAUUACCUUCUCUACCACUAGUUAAUACUCCUACUUCAGCAAAACAGGAUGAAAUUGUGCAUACUACUACACAACAGCCUGCAGGACUAGUAGAAACUGGACCACAGUCAAAUGGAGAGCCAUCUGAUCCCUUGUUCUAUCCUAGUUGGUAUAAAGCACCACCACGACAAACAAGCAAUUCAAAUCCAGCCCCAUUGACCGAAAAUAGGCAGGUAGGGCCUUCCGUUCCUGUAGAAGUGAAUGUCAAGAAGACAGAGGUUCCAGGAGCAGCUUCUGCAAAUACAAAUUCUGCUGUGAGUGGUAAGGAAGUUAACCCAUCUACAGAUACUUCACAGACUGGGUCUGAGACAUCCUUUCAAGGACAAGUGGAAGGACAGCCUGGGAGCAAUGAAAGAGUUGAUGAGCCAGCUCGUCAUGUUUUCUCUUUCUCCUGGUUGAACUCAUUGAAUGAAUGAUGACUCCUAGUCCAGAUGGCUUCUGGUGGAACUCACUAGCAGGAAAUGACAACAAGUAACACAUUGAAAAUAAUAGCGGAUCAGAUUUUAUUUAAAGACUUUAUUUUGAAAAUUGUCACAUUGGAUCUGACUUUCUGUACAAUUUGAGAGGGGAUGGUGGGGAAGAAAGAGUAGGAGAUAAUACCUUCUCAUGAACCAUCUGAACCAUUUUUGAACUCAUGGCAAAUAACAAAUGAUAAAAUUACUUGUCCAGUUUGCUUCUGGGCACUGCAAUUUAGGGACAAGGCUCUACAGUAUUUUUAAUAGCUGAUCUAUGUUAUGCCCAAAUUGUUACAUGAAUAUGGCAAAUGACCCUAAUUAUGUUCAAGCAAAAUUAAAAUCAGAAGGGAAGAAUGCAUUAAAAAGAAAAAUAUUAUUACAAGUAAACUGUUAAAGGUUCACUAUGCAUAUUUGUAAAUGUCUUGGGCAUUUCCUUAGUUUUAUGUAUGUACUCUGUCAUUUCUUCACUAAAGACAUUGUUAUUAAUAAA